AUGUACCCAGCGCUCCCCAUCGUCGGCAUCAAGUCAUCUCAGUCGUCAUCGCACGUGGGAGUUGCCGAGGCCCGCUUGCUAGAUAGCCGGCGCCGGACCUAUGUCGGGAAUGUGUACCUUGCGCUUCCCGGACUGGAGCAAGGCACUCGCUGGGUUGGACUGAAACAUCCGUCACCGGCCCGCCACGAGACAGCUUCAUCCUCGCAAUUCUUCGCAUCUGCGCCCGCCUCGGUCCUCGCCCACUGCACGACGCCCUCCGCCGUCGUGCAGAUGUCGGGAGGAAAGCAAUACGCAAGCCAGGCCUGGAUGCAGGAACGGCACGACGCCAUGGCCAACCGACGAGAAUGGCGGCGGAUGGGAUUCCGGGACGCCUUGGAAAUAGUACCGCUUCCCCCGACCGCCGGGGCGCAGGGGCGCAGGUACAUGAGCCAGCGGCCCGCCUGGACGCCCGGCGGCGAGCUUCCGUGGGAGGACUUUGACGGCCCCCGUCCCAAGCACAGCGGCCCUGGCGUGUUCGGCGGUCACGUAUACGCGCAGGCGCCUCUGGCGGCGGCGAGGGCGGUCGAGGAAGACGAGAGGCGGACGGCCUCGUCGAGCGGCAGCACCGACGGCAGGAAAAUCGGCAUCCACUCCAUCCAAGGCGUCUUCACGAACCCGGGGCUCGGCGACCGACCCUUCAUCUACGACGUAUCCACCAUCGCCGCCGGACGCUCGUUCUCGGCCCGGCUCGUCCACGCGCGGCAGCCGAAGCAGGCGUCGAAGGCGGCCGACGGUCCGUACCCGCCCUCGGACGCGCAGCUUCCCCUCAACGACAUUUGCUUCAGCUGCAUCACGACGUUCAAGCGGGCGGUGCCGUCGCACGACGACAUGCAGAUGGCCCGUUCGGCGCAGGAACGGUACGCCCAUGUCCUCUCGACGCGGCCGGUCGAGGAGUGGGAUCUGUGCCCGCAAUCCGACGUCGACAUCGUCAAGGCGCUCUUCCCCAACGCCGGCCACGGCGCCUUUCCCGUACUCGACAUGCACAAGGUCGACAUGAGCGAGUACAACGGCGACAAGGCGGUGCCCGAGCGCCGCGAGCUCAUAUUCUACCGGCUGCUGGAGCCGCUGCCGAGGGACGACGCCAACGCCCACAUCCUCUGCCACGCCUUCGAGGCGGACCGCAACGGCCUCAUCAUGUGCGGGAACCAUCUGGGAUACGGAUACAACCUCGGGACGGCGGCGAGCCUGAGCUACUCGUUCUACGUGCACGUCAACCCGGACGAGGCCGUCAUGGACGGCGACGGCUGGUGGCUUCAGGAAGUCAGCUGGCCACGCGUCAGCGCCGGCCGAUGCAUGAUGGAGAGCAGGCUAUGGAGCCCCGAGGGGAAGCACGUCGCGAGCGGGUACCAGGACGGCAUCAUCGGGCCUGAAAGGAAAAAGGGAGAGGCGCCGAGCAAGCUGUGA